CGUCACCACGACGAAGGCAACCCCCCAUUCAUUAAAAUUAAACAAACCGCCGUACCAUUUCUCCCAUUCCAUAAAAAAUAAACGACUCCCUGCGCCUUCCUUUCCUCUCCGUACCGCAAAGAAUCGCCGUCGACUCGAUCAUCUAUCUCCGGCAAGCUCCGGAUUCGUCGGAGUCGGGCUCUUCUCAUCCCGGAGAUUGUCAUAUUUCCGAUGUCGGCCGUUCGUGGAUCCUCGAUUGUUUGAACCGAUGCAACGAUUUGUCGACAGCACCCUCGCAAUCACCAAAGAGUCCGUGAAGACAUUCACUUAUGAAUCACUGAAUAAUGUUGUAAGGCUGAUAAAUGGAGUGUCAGCAUUGUUGUUAACCAUCUUGCCCGGAAAGACUUCCAUCCUUGAAGGCAUUCAUGGGUGGGAGCUCCGGCCAACUUUUCGAGGACCUAGACUUCCACGCUGGAUGGACAAUGGUGUCUCCUCUUUUAACCAUCUCAUUCACGAGCUUUCUGUUGACUCUGAUGGCUACUCAAAUGUGGAUUACUCAUCUGAAGAAGAGGAAUACAGUGACGAAAAUGUAUACCCAGCAACUCCACAAUCACAACGUUCUCGAGUAUCCAUUGCAAGCAGUUUUCCCAAGCAUAAGAAUCGACAUUGGUCACAUUGGAUUAGAUGCAUCUUUUCAUGGCUACUUUUUCCUAUAAGGUUUAUGUUGGGAAUACCUUUUUAUCUCCAUGGCUCCUCUCAGAUGGCUACUAAUGUCCCAGGAGAAGUUCGGCCCUCUCAUGUGCAUGCUAUUAGGAGAUUAAAUACUCAUAGGGAUCAAGUUGUACAACGUGCCACUGAUAGAAGGCGUGGUGUUGUUGAGGAUCUUCAUCUAGCCAUUGAGAUCUCUAUAGAAACCGUUUUUGAAUUUUUUCACAAGGCUGCUCACUGUGUACUUUCGCCAUUCGACUCUUUUAAAGGCAUGAUAAAUUGGUUUGCUUCUGAUAGUGCUGAUUUUCGAAAUGCUCCUAAUGAUGGUGUUGCUGUCUCUGUCACCACCAAUACUCUAUCCGACAAUGAUCCAACUCCUGGAGAACGGAAGACUAGCUUUUAUCAUUCUCUUAAUACAGAUGCCCGGACAUGUAAAGAUGUCAUAACAGAACUUGGGUAUCCAUAUGAAGCCCUUCGUGUGGUUACCAACGAUGGAUAUGUUCUUGUGUUGGAAAGAAUACCAAGGCGCGAUGCUCGAAAAGUUGUUUAUCUACAACAUGGAGUAUUUGAUUCAUCUAUGGGUUGGAUAGCAAAUGGAGUUGUUGGUUCUCCUGCUUUUGCUGCAUAUGACCAAGGGUAUGAUGUGUUUCUCGGGAACUUCCGUGGCUUGGUAUCCAGGGAACAUGUUAACAAGAACAUAACUUCCCGCCAGUACUGGUGUUAUUCCAUUAACGAGCACGGGGUGCAGGAUAUACCUGCAAUGAUCGGGAAGAUUAACGAAAUCAAAGUCUCCGAAUUGAAAUCUAACCAACCCAACUCGGAAGAAGAGACCAAUAAUGAUCAGCCAUACAAACUUUGUGCAGUUUGCCAUAGCUUGGGUGGGGCAGGCAUACUAAUGUACGUCAUAAUGUGUAGGAUUGAAGGAAAACCUCACAGGUUGUCGAGAUUGAUCUUAUUGUCACCCGCCGGUUUCCACCACGAUUCUAACCAGACUUUCACACUAAUGGAGUACCUGUUCCUCUACAUGGCUCCUGUUCUCAAACCCUUCAUACCCGCUUUCUACAUCCCCACAAAGUUCUUCCGCAUGAUGCUCAACAAGCUUGCCCGUGAUUUUCAUAACCUACCCGCGGUCGGAGGUCUAGUUCAAACCCUGGUUAGUUACGUUGUGGGUGGGGACAGCUCAAAUUGGAUCGGCGUUCUAGGGUUACCACACUAUAACAUGAACGACAUGCCGGGGGUCUCAUUUGUCGUGGCUCAACAUCUUGCCCAAAUCAAGCAUUUGAAGAAGUUUGUCAUGUUUGACUACGGGAGCAGAGACGAGAACAUGAAAGUGUAUGGUACGCCCGAGCCAUUGGAUCUCGGGGAGCAUUAUGACCUCAUUGAUAUUCCUGUUGACCUUGUUGCCGGUCAAAAGGAUAAGGUGAUCCGAUCAUCCAUGAUCAAGAAGCAUUACGACUUGAUGAAAGACAGAGGCGUGGACGUGUCAUAUAACGAGUUUGAGUACGCACAUUUGGAUUUCACGUUCUCUCACCGGGAAGAACUUUUGGCCUACGUUAUGUCUCGUUUGAUGUUAGUUGAUUCGUCACCGACUCCGUCUUCUCAUACAAAACCGAAGAAACUAAAGAAGAAAGCAGUAGGUGCGUGUGUAAGUGGCAACACUAGUAACGUUGUUGCAACAAGUGCCUGAAAAUCGCCUCAACUUCCCCUUUUUAUUUGGUGGUUAGCGGGUUUUGGGUUGUUUGCCGUUCAUCAUGUAUUGUAUAUCUGUUGUAUCUGUAUUGUGUACUACUAUUUCUACUGCAUGUACACGCAAUAGUGGACAGUUGUGCUCUAUAAAAUCAGUCUGUAACAAAUAGACCAGUUAGAUUCUUUGUUUUGAACUGGGAUUUUAUCUGUACAAGUUGAAGUGAAUGCACAUGUACUAUAGUAUAUGCUCUGCCAUAAAUUGGUCAUUUUACU